AUGUCCAUUAAGCCCUUGCCAGAGGACGUCACCCGCCGCAUCAGGUCCUCAGCCACAGUCACGUCUCUCAACAGUGUCGCAUGCGCUCUCGUCAAGAAUGCUCUCGAUGCCGAGGCCACAAGGGUCAAUGUUACUAUCGACUACUCUCGUGGCAAUUGCACGGUUGAGGACGACGGGUUGGGUAUUCUACCUGUUGAAUUCCAGGAGAAUGGAGGACUGGUCAAACAGCAUCACACAUCAAGACUUUCAGCCGAGACAGACUGCCACGGCGUCAACGGCAACUUCUUAGCCUCUGUUGCCGCUCUGUCUCUGCUCUCCGUCACCUCCCACCACCAUCUCUACAAUUCGCAAAACUCAAUCACCAUUCACAACUCAAAGGUCUUGGCACGCAACAUCCCUGCUCUACCGGAGCAACGCCUAGUGACCUUCAGCCAUGGAACCCGCGUCACCGUUAGAGAUUUGUUCGGAUCCAUGGCCGUCAGAGUUAAGCAGAGAGCUGCAGCCUCAGAAAAAGUCGCCGUGGACAAGGAAUGGGGCCGAUUACUUCAUGACCUUACUGCUCUGUUGUUAGCCUGGCCUUCGAGUGUUGCUCUCUUCGUCCGAGACAGCGUCAACAAGAAUGAGACACGCUUCAGGCCCAACACGACAUCCAAGUCGGACAUGGUAGCUCGUUCAUCACGCACUCUGACACAAUCAGGGCUUGUGGACGGCUUGAACCAAAUAGUCUGGACUUCCAUCGGCGCAUCUGUUGGGAAGUUAACCAUCGCAGGAUGCAUAGCGCUGAAGCCCGUGGCCACACGUCAAGCUCAGUUCAUCAGCUUUGGUAUCCAUCCCGUGUCUGAUGAGCAUGGGACCAACGUUCUGUACAACGAGGUCAAUCGUGUAUUUGUCAAUUCCGGCUUUGCUAUAGAGGAGGACGCGGAUAUCCGAAACAAUUCGACCGGUGUCGUUCUCCCACAUCCGCAGGGAACUUCAACCAAACUUCCCAAGCCGAGGCGAGGCUUAGAUCGGUGGCCAAUGUUCUACUUUCGAAUUAGCUCUUCGUCCCGUGCACGUCCUCUUGUAGCUUCAUCUUUCGAAGACCUCCUCGAGGAACGGAACCACACCCUUGCGAACAUGAUUGACCUGCUCAAGCUUGUCUGUUAUGAGUUCUUGAAGAAGCAUCAUUUCCGUCCUCACAAAGUCACUACCUCGCUCCAGGGUUCUAGUGGCAAGCAUCAAGAAGACGAUGCUAGGGAAGGGAGACGCAAAGGCAGCAGCCGAUCGCGGACAGUCUCGUCAACGACCAGUCGAUCGAAUUCGGCUACCCCGCUAUCGAGGCCAGAGUCUCCUUUCGAUCUCUGGCAACGAGUGAAGGUAGGACGAACAUCUGGAGGCACCUCGAAAUCGGGGGCAUCAACUCCUCUGUCCUCGGAGGUCGCUUUGGGAGCCACAAACAGGCGCACUGCGGAACAAGAGCUGGAAGAGGACGUCACGAAAGCUCAGCCUAGUCUGCGGUACCUCGACGAGUCCGGGAAUCUUCUGCGGAAGCCCUUUGACGACUUGAUGCCAAAGUCGUCGCCAAAGCAGGUCGAACCUGGCAACCGUUCUAUUGCUACGAGUGAGGCUGCUGGGCAAUAUCUACUUUGCACGCGGCCAUCAGUUGAGGUAGAGGAAGGUCAGUCGAAAUCGUCUUCGGCAAAGCCCAACGACAAUGACGGAGUACGAGGCCACAUCAACUUGCUGCCUUCUUCUUCCCAAUUCUUCAAGCCAAGGGAUGGCCUAAAACCUCAACGGUCGAGCGAUAGGCUCAGGGGGAUUCUUUCGAAAUGGGAGAAUCCCGUUUUUCAGCCCGUCGAUCCCCCAGUACCUCAACUGGAUAGUACACAGGGAGGACUAAAACAAGGCCUGAUUCAGUCCCUAGACCUUGACACUACUGGAUGUUCACACGGAGCCCACACGUCGAAUAUCAAGCUCUCUGGUCGAGUCUCCAAGGCUGCUUUGAUGGAAGCAGAAGUCGUCUCCCAGGUUGACAAUAAGUUCAUUCUGGUGAAACUCAGACGAGAUCUGAUUUCUGGCGGAAACCUGCCAGAAGUUCAAAUCAAUUCUGUUUUGGUCCUGAUUGAUCAACACGCCGCAGACGAGAGAUGCAGACUCGAGUCACUGAUGCGGGACUAUUUUUACGUUGCGAAUCGUCCGAAAGAGGUGCUUGCACAGACGGAGGCUCUCGAAAAGCCCUUGCAAUUCGAGUUCUCGUCCAAGGAAUGCAGACUGCUGCGCAAAUAUAUCCACCAUCUACGUCGGUGGGGUAUUUUGUUCAACAUUGAUGAACCGGAGCCGACAGACUGGCGGCACAGAAAUCAGAGCCGAAAUUGCUCGCAGAUCUUCUUCGGCACGAAAUAUGGAGAGCCGAGGAAGACGGUAGCCUAG